AUGUUUGACUUGGGUGCAGUACCGUGUGUUGCCCACGACCUUUUCGAAGGAUGGGUUAAUUAUGAUUUGUUCAUGAUUUUCAAGAGAAUUGUCAAAAGUGGUAUCGUAUCUAGGUGCUAUUUGCAAGGUCGAAUCAACAGUCUAUUCAAGCAGCUCAAAAUAAGUACAAAAAUUGAGUUAAACUUUACCCGAAAAGCUUGCAAUAUUAAGGCCAAAGCAUGUGACGUGUGGCACCUCGUGCAGAUCAUACCAUUCAUUUUUCUGAAAAAAGACAUAAACUACAGUCAACCAGAAAUCAUAAUGCUGCUUCUUAUUAAAAAAGUUACAGAUAUAAUAACGUCUCCGAUACAGUCCACUGCCCAAAUAAAAAUCUUGGAAACAGAUUUGGAAGAAUACAUUGAACUCAGAACAACCCACUUCAAAGAAGCGUUAAGACCAAAACAUCACUACACUCUUCAUUAUCCGCGUUACAUACUGUGGCUGGGGCCGAUUAUAUCGUACUGUACCCUGUUUUGCGAAAGAAAGCAUUGUUUUUUUAAGCGGUGUAUCAGAACCACUAUAAACUUUAAGAACGUGGUAAAAUUUUCUAGUGAACAACACCAGUAUUACCAGGGCCUUUUAAAUACCCAAACCGAACGCUUGAAGAAUAAUUUCUUGUUAGAAAAAUAUGUAGAAAGCAUUUCGAGCUUGCCGAAGUCUUCUCAAACUGCAUUACACGAGUUUUGUCUAGACAACGAUCAGAACGUAUUUGUGGAGCAAGGCACGUUUAUGGGAUACACAUAUUCUGCCGGAGAUUAUCUGUUUCUGCGUCAUGAUGAAUAUGGUGAAUGGUUCUAUGUGGUGAAAAUCAAAUUGUUGGUGUUGAAUCCAAAAACUGAAAGCGUCACUGUGUUUGGGAAUGAAUUGAUCGCGGUGAACAUUUUCGAACGAGGGAUUAUAGAGAUAAGUGAAUCCAAUGAACAUCCGGAAAAAUUGAUAUGUUUAUCAAUAGAAGAUUUUGUUGAUCGUGCUCCUUUGCUUCCGUUUGUUGAAAGUAACAAGGUAUACCUCUUCAUCAAACAUUCAAUACCGCCGACGACAGAGAGCUGUUGAAUAGAUAACGACAAUGAAUACAGUACUGCCAUUUAAAGUUUGCGACUCGUCGCGACAAACAAGACAUGUAAUCUUCGCAACGGGAACGAUCAACGGCCUAAUCGAACAAGCAACCAUCAAAUUUCAACGACCGUUCCAGCACAUCGUGCUUGCAAACGACGGAUGCGAGCUAUCAAGCGACAUGGCAUUGGCAGCGUUUAGCAAAGACUUGCUUAUGAUGCUGGAGUCCGGAGAAACCUGGAUUCCUGAAGGAUUUUAUGCAACCGACACCCAAGCACAGGACAGCGCUGAAGGUAUGUAAAUGAUUCUGAAUCAAAACGUUGAACAUAUUGAAUCACCUUAUUUUCCUCAAGCGUAGAGGAGUAGAACUGCUAAACUUGUAUAUCAGAGUGACCAAGCUUGACUCGUCUUGCAAAUAUUUAAAAUUGAAAUCAUCUUCUCAGCAGCAACAUUUGUCACAUCGAUGUACGAGUCGAGUCGCAUGACCCUAAGCCACCAACUAGUAGGACGUGUCCUACUAGUACCCUUUGAACAGUUUCUGUGUUAUGUUAAAAUGAUAAUACUUACGGUUAUAGGCAUUACCGUAUUAUGCUUCACGACCUGAAUAGCUUGGUCCUGGCCUUAGCAUCAUCGACUUUUCGAAGGAAGUAUAUAGCAUACUAUCAGUCCCAGCUGAAUUUCCAAUGCAAAUGGGACAGAUAUGCGAUUCACGGCAGUGUAGGUAACC